UCAGUGGGGCCCGUCUCCUCCUGGCAACGCGGGUCAACGCUCAACAUGACCUGAGACAACCACACGUUCACCAGGUCAACGUAUUUCAGGUCAUUCCAGGCUCAACGGCUCUACUUCUCCUCCCUUGAUUGAUAAACAAAAUAUACGCCAGGUGUAAGGGAUGGACGACCGUACUGUAGACAAGAUCUUCUCUGGUAGCCUGGAGACGCUGCCACCCGUCAGCUCCAAGGUGUGUCGCAUCUUCACCUCCUCCACCUUCACAGACAUGUUGAUGGAGCGGAACACCCUGAUGGCGGAGGUGUACCCGAGGCUGAAGGAGUUCUGCAGGGAGAAGCACGGGCUUGAGUUCCAGGUGGUGGACAUGAGGUGGGGUGUGAGGGACGAGGCCACGGACGACCACAUGACCACGGAGCUCUGCAUGAGGGAGAUCGACAACUGCCAGAGGCUUUCCAUGGGACCCAACUUCGUGUUCUUCGGAGGGCAGAAGUAUGGUUACCGGCCUAUCCCGACGGUGAUCCUGGGGUCUGAGCUGCUCAUGCUGCGGGAGGCUCUCGUCAACAUGGGCGUCGACACUAUCCUCAUCGACACCUGGUACAAGAGAGACUCCAACGCCGUCCCCUUCGUCUACAUCCUCCAGCCCAUCUCCUCGAUCCUUGUCAACUUCAACAACAAGCGGGUACCGAAGCUGCAGGCCCAGGACCAGGCCACGUGGUGGGACACCCUGGCCAAGAUGCAGAAGCUGCUGAGGAAGGCGGCCCAGGCCUGCUACAACACCCACAAGAUGGACAAGGAGGCUAUGCACAACUACUUCAUGUCAGUGACGGAACGUGAGGUCAUCAACGGGAUCUUGAACGUGAAGAACACCAAGAACCACACGCUAGCCCUCGUCCGCUACAUCAACAACAUCAAUCUGCAGAACCUCCGGCGAGCAGCCAACUUCAUCGACAUCGUCAACAGGCAGAUCGACGGAGAGGCCAUGAAGCUCUUGUCUGACCUGAGGGACGUCAGGCUUCCCGCCAGGAUAGAGUCCACAAAUUAUCACAGGUACACGGUGGAGUGGAUCGGCCGCGAGGGCCUGGCGAAAGAGACCCACGGCGAGUACCUGCAGGAGUUCUGUACCCACUUCUAUAAGGGCAUGACCAAGCUCAUCGAUAGAGCUAUGCGCAAGGAGGACUCCUCGGCCCAGGGGCAAAUCAUCACUGAAAUCCUGCAGCACCUUCACGCCUGCAAGAACUCCGUCACGGUGUUCUAUGGGCGGGAGGAGGAGGUGAAGAAGGUGGAGGACUACAUCAAGGGUCCCUACGUGAGUCCUCUGCUGCUGCACGGGGCUGGAGGCUGCGGCAAGACCUCCCUGCUGGCCAAGUGUGCCUCCAACUGCAUCGAAUGGCUCUCCCACGCCAAGCCCAUCCUCGUCAUCCGCUUCGUCGGCACCUCCCCAGAGUCCACCGCUCUCACCGCCCUCCUCACAUCCAUCUGUCACCAGAUCUCCUACAACUACAUGCUACCGUUUGAGGAUAUUCCUGAUGACCUGGUGCCCCUCACCGCCCACCUGAAGGAGCUUCUAAACUGUGCCACGCCUCAGAUGCCGCUGCUCAUCUUCCUGGACAGCGUUGACCAAGUGACAGGCGCCACUGAUGCCAACCGUAUGUCUUGGAUCCCCACCAGACUCCCUCCCAAUGUUAAGAUCGUGGUGUCGUGUGUGUCGGAGGAGAACGACCCGGAACUCUCUAAGGACUACACGCUCCUCAGGAGGAUGAUCGACGAUGAGAACCAGUUCCUGGAGGUGACGGCGCUGGGGGAGGACCUGGCCAUGGACAUUAUCAAGAAGUGGAUGAACACGGCCAAGCGGGACCUCAACAACUACCAGUGGCGGGUGGUGAGCAACGCCAUCUCUCGCUGCUCUCUUCCCAUAUUUGUCAAGCUGGUCUUCGCCGAGAUCUGCCGCUGGAAAAGUUACAGCAAGCCACAGGACACCUACCUCGCCUCCAACGUCAUGGAUUCGAUUAUGAUGCUCUUCUCAAAGGUUGAAGUUAAGCACGGGCGUCUGCUGGUGUCUCACGCCCUGGCCUACAUUACGGCCAGCAAGAACGGUCUGUCGGAGUCUGAGCUGGAGGACCUCAUCUCCCUGGAUGAUAAGGUCCUGGACGACGUGUACCAGUACCACAUGCCCCCCGUGCGGCGCAUCCCGCCCCUCCUCUGGACCAGGAUCAGGAACGACCUGCCUAACUACCUCUCUGACUGCGAGGCUGACGGCGUCUCCGUCCUCAACUGGUACCACAGACAGUUCAACGAGGCAGCUAGGAAGCGUUACUUCACCAACCAGAACCUGGCAAUGUACUUCUACUCCAUGAUAGCCGACUACUUCCUGGGCAUGUGGGGCGGAGGGAUACCCAAGCCAUUCAAGUACACGGAGAUACAGAGACAUAGGUUCAACCUGAAGAGCAAGGAAGGUCUGGCGGACAGGAAGGUCCCGCCCCAGCCUCUGGUCUUCUACAACAAGGAGGGCAAGAUCACCAGGUACAACCUCAGGAAGUUCGGGGAGCUGCCGUUCCACCUGGUCCGCGCGCGACGGUUCGAAGACCUCUACACCCAUGUGCUCUUCAACUACCAGUGGCUACACGCCAAGCUCAGCUCCUGCCCGCUGCAGGCCGUCCUCUCCGACUUCGAGGACGCCUCCACCCAUAUCGAUGACAGGGACCAGAUCAGGGAACUGAUGUUGGUGGCCGACGCCUUGAGGCUGGGGGGUGCCAUCCUGUCGCAGUACCCAGACAUGCUGGCACCGCAGCUCGUCGGUCGUCUCCUGCCGGAGAUGGAAGCCAACCCACACGUCAAGAGCAUCCUGGAGCAGUGUGACGCAGAGGGCAUCGAACACUGUGGCCUGCUGCCUUCCUACCACUGUAGCCACACUCCUGGGGGACCCCUCAAGUACUCGCUGGAGGGUCACCAGUUUGCUGUGUUCGGGUUCCGGUUGACUAACGACCUGCGCUACAUCGUGAGUGUCUCCAAUAAGUUCAUCACCUGGGACCUGUCGACCUCUGACCUGACCAGGGAGGUGGUGCCAGGCAUCGAGGGCAUCAUGCAGGACUUGGUACUCUCCCCGGACAACAAGUACUCCAUCGCACACACCAACAACAGCCAGACAGUGCUGUUGAACAUGCUGACAAGCGAGUUCUUCCUGCUGGAGAAUCCCAUUCCUGGGGAGAAGGUGAUCGGGACUCUGCUCUCCGACUCCUGCGCCCUCAUCCACGGCGAGAGGUCGUGGGUGCUGUACACGCUUCGCGGGGAGGAACGGGAACGAGUGUCGUCCCCUGUGGACAAGCCCAUCCUCUUCAUGGACUUCAAGAGCACAAAUGACUAUAGCCUCAUCUGCUGGUCGGGUGACUUCGAUAACAAGGACCUCCUCAUACACACGGUUGAUGGCGGCACCACCUUCCCAAACCUAGAGUUCCACAGAUAUUAUGAUAGAAGCUACAACUUUUAUGAUAGAACCUUCAGCUAUUAUGAUAGAACUUACUGCUAUUAUGAUAGAACCUUCAGGUAUUAUGAUAAAACCUUCAGGUAUUAUGAUAGAACUUUCAGGUAUUAUGAUAGAACCUUCAGGUAUUAUGAUAGAACCUUCAUGUAUUAUGAUAGAACCUUCAGGUAUUAUGAUAGAACCUUCAUGUAUUAUGAUAGAACCUUCAUGUAUUAUGAUAGAACCUUCAUGUAUUAUGAUAGAACCUUCAUGUAUUAUGAUAGAACCUUCAUGUAUUAUGAUAGAACCUUCAGGUAUUAUGAUAGAACCUUCAGGUAUUAUGAUAGAACCUUCAGGUAUUAUGAUAGAACCUUCAGGUAUUAUGAUAGAACCUUCAUGUAUUAUGAUAGAGCCUUCAUGUAUUAUGAUAGAACCUUCAUGUAUUAUGAUAGAACCUUCAUGUAUUAUGAUAGAACCUUCAUGUAUUAUGAUAGAACCUUCAGGUAUUAUGAUAGAACCUUCAGGUAUUAUGAUAGAACCUUCAUGUAUUAUGAUAGAAACUUCAUGUAUUAUGAUAGAACCUUCAUGUAUUAUGAUAGAACCUUCAUGUAUUAUGAUAGAACCUUCAUGUAUUAUGAUAGAACCUUCAUGUAUUAUGAUAGAACCUUCAGGUAUUAUGAUAGAACCUUCAGGUAUUAUGAUAGAACCUUCAUGUAUUAUGAUAGAACCUUCAGGUAUUAUGAUAGAACCUUCAUGUAUUAUGAUAGAACCUUCAGGUAUUAUGAUAGAACCUUCAGGUAUUAUGAUAGAACCUUCAGGUAUUAUGAUAGAACCUUCAGGUAUUAUGAUAGAACCUUCAUGUAUUAUGAUAGAACCUUCAUGUAUUAUGAUAGAACCUUCAUGUAUUAUGAUAGAACUUUCAGGUAUUAUGAUAGAACUUUCAGGUAUUAUGAUAGAACCUUCAGCGUGAUGACCUGGACCAAGUGUCGUCGUUGGCUGUACUGCUGCACGCACCAACACGACCAGGACGUGUGUGUGUUCCGGCGUGGCGACUCCUGCUGGACGCUGGAGCGAGUCGUCGCGCCCAACGACCAUAAGCUCCUCAUGCUGCACCUGACCGGCGACCAGAACCACCUCAUUGGCACCUUUAUGAUGGGCUUUCAGGUGUGGGAGGUGGAGCAGGGAAGAGCGUGGACGCUGAAGCUCCCUCACGGCAUCAGGAACAUUUCUACGCAGCUUCUCAAGUCGAACUCGUGCGUCCUCUCCAAGGGCUACAAGUACGCCGUCGCUGGCGUCAGGAAGAGCCUGUACGUGUGGGGGCUGGAGAGUCAGGAGCUCCUCAAGGUCCUCGACGCUCACUUCGGCCGUAUUAUACACAUGGUGGCGCUGGUCGUCGGCUCCUGGAACUCUGUGAUCACCUCCUCGCUGGACAGGACAGUCAAGGUCUGGAACAUCAACAACAUCUUCGAGCAGGUACACGUCAUCGACCGCCACGAGCUGCAGGUGGACGACAUCAGCCUGGCACCGAACAACCCGGUAGCGGUGACAGUGACCAGGAACUGUGUGGGCAUCUGGAACCUGCGGUUGGGCAAGCUGGUCAGCAAGCUGGCAGACUCCCCUCUGGGCGCUAUCGUCACCCAUGCAGGCAUCACCAACAACAGCCGGUAUAUUGUGUCAACUGAGUCGGGGAACGUGUUGAUCUGGAACGUGCGGGCCGAGGCGGUGGUGUUCAAGGCGGAGCACAAGAACGUUCAGCAGCUGCUGCUUCUCGACGGCGACACCAAGUGCGUCACUAUAUCCAAGGUGUCGCUGGAGACGGGAGAGCUCGCGGGCCACCUGGUGACGCGCGCCAUCCCCAGCGGCCAGGUCGUCUACGAGCUCGACUACCCGGUCCGCGCCUUCAAGCAGAUUGCUGUCACCGCUGACGGCCUCUUCCUUGUCAUCCCUUCCGUGGACGGCUUCAAGGAGGCGUUGCUGGUGUACCACGCCCGGACCGGCACACUGGUGCACAAGAUACCCCUCAAAUACCCGGCGUAUAAGGACUUCCACCUGGUGGUGCCACUGCCUAACAAGCCCACCCAGGUGGCCCUCAUCGACCAGGACAAGGGGAAUAUUAUAGACAUCCGUUCCAAGAAGUUCGUACGGUCCAUAGCAAAGUGGGGUGGAAAGGUGUCCAAGGACGGGCGGUUCGGGCUGUAUGCUCCUGCGCGGGGCGGCCUCGAGCUGCUGGAGCUGCGUCACGGCACCUCCGUCAGGACCCUCAUCCCCAGGGUAGCCGAGGGCGUGUUCUCCGUCAUCUGCCUCUUCACCCGCACAGACGAGUACGUCCUCUACUACCACGGCGGCCGCAAGACCAUCAGAGUCUUCAGGGUGACGGACGGGAAGAUGAUCGCCAACUACAGAGUGCAGGCGGAGCUGACGGCGAUCGCAGCGAGCGAGGACGGACGCACCAUCGUGCUGGGCACCGUCGACGGCUGCCUCUCUUCAAUCACGAUAGCAGACCCCACCAGGCCCGGUAUCAGGGAAUACCUCGCCGAGCUCCCCUCCAGGAACCCUAAGAAGUACGAGGAAGAGGAGGCCAAGCAGAGCAAGAGUCUCCGGCGGGUUGUCAACUUAGUGAUGCUGACCAACAGACUACAGGGAGGUGGCCGCUCCACCAACACCUCCUAAUGAGGUGUUGCCACCAUAGUAUGUGGUGCGGUUAGCUCUGUGUAUGUAACAUCUAACAAAGUGUGUGGCGGGUAGUAAGUGAUAAUUAUAUAUUAACAAUAGACUUACUACAUUAGAUAAAAGAACGCGUCUCGUUGUUUCGGUUCGCCCUAGACUAUUGUCAAGUUGAAACAUUAGUCAAUAUAUAUUUUGUGUGUGUGUGUAGAGUGUGUGCGCGCUCGCGCUUCCAUAGUUUAAGAGAGUGUAUUAGUGUAGAUGUUGGCCACUCUCGGAACAGAUUACUAUCUACUUCAAUGUCCCACAUUCCUGGGACACCAGUAACAAUGUUCCACAUUCCUGGGACACCAGUAACAAUGUUCCACAUUCCUGGGACACCAGUAACAAUGUCCCACAUUCCUGGGAUACCAGUAACAAUGUCCCACAUUCCUGGGAUACCAGUAACAAUGUCCCACAUUCCUGGGACACCAGUAACAAUGUCCUACAUUCCUGGGACACCAGUAACAAUGUCCCACAUUCCUGGGACACGAGUAACAAUGUCCCACAUUCCUGGGACAUCAGUAACAAUGUCCCACAUUCCUUGGACACCAGUAACAAUGUCCUCUGAUCUCAUUAGUCCUAAAGCUCCUAAGAUGACAAAACAGGAACAGAACUCUGUGAUGUGACAUAACAGAUUAUUUUGAUGACAUACAAACUAUUUAUGUAAUUAAAAUGAGAGGCACUGCUAUUCAACAGUGAUGAAUGGCGAUGAACACAAACGACGUGUGAAAAAUCUAUAUUUUUCUUAGAGGUAAGUGCUAUUGGUAUCUUUUGUUUCAUGCAACAUAUUGGUAAAUGACAGUACAUAUAGCGACUGGGGCGAAUGUGUACAUAAUGUAGACUAUUGCACCUCUUUUUUUUUCCUACUAAUGAGUUAUAACUAGAGAACUUGUAGCGACCUAUCUUAACCUUUCUGCUGUAUAAUACAGUACAUACCUGGCCUACAUGCAAUAGGCCUAGGAGUGCGUAUAUCGUGCUUGGGAUUAAUUAUAUUAGACCAAGUUUAGUUGCUGUAUAUAUAUAUACUGUACACUUGAACACCAUACACUUAAAUAUAAUAUCUAUCACGCUAUGCAGACACAGUAUUUAGUUAUUAUUUUUUGCAAGUUUUCCACAAAUAGAGAAAUCUUGCAAAUAAAGGAACCAGGUACAUCAUGUGCUUAGUGCUCCUGGCUGUCUGGGUUCGAAUCCCU